AUGUCACCUCUGGAAUGUUCUGAGUGUUUGGAUGAUCAACUUCUGCAACAGACCUAUUCCUGGCACCUCACGUUGAACUCCUGGCCAAAUGAUACAAGAAAAGAUACCAGAUCUGAAAACCUAGACAUUCCAAUCAAUGUUUUUCUACUUCAGACGGGGUCAACGGAGCCGUUCCUCAGGCUCUACAACCUGAACACCACCCCGAGGUGCGUCCGGCAAGCCAACCUUCCCAGGAUCGGCCGUAGGGUGGUCAGCCAACACUCGUACCCGCUGAACCGUUUCUCCUCGGUGCCCCUGGAGGCUAUGGAGCGCCCCACGUCCCAGGCCGACCUGGAGCUGGACUACAAUCCUCCCCGCGUGCAGCUCAGCGACGAGAUGUUCGUCUUCCAGGACGGGCGGUGGGUGAACGAGAACUACCGCCUGCAGUCACCCUAUUUCUCGCCCUCCACCUCCUUCCACCACAAGCUGCACCACAAGAGGCUGGCCAAGGAGUGCAUGCUCCAGGAGGAGAACAGGUCGCUGCGCGAGGAAAACAAGGCGCUGCGGGAGGAGAACAAGACCCUGCGCAAGGAGAACAGGAUACUGCAGGGCUUCUGGGAGGAGCAGACGGCCACGCAGGGCCGCGAGGACAGCAGGACCUCCCCGCUGCUGCUCAAGGAGAACGUGGCCACGGAGGUGGCCAAGAAGGACAACGCAGACCUGCAGGGCCACCGCGGCAGCAAGGAGAGCAGCACCCUGCAGCUGCUCCGGGAGGAGAACCGGGCCCUGCAGCAGCUGCUGGAGCAGAGAAAGGCCUACUGGACCCAGCCCGAGGACAAGGCGGCCACCACCGAGGAGCCCCAGCAGGCCGCCUCCCCGCGUGAGGAGCCCCCCAGCCCCGGCCUGCUGCCCGACCAGGCUGCUGGCCUCGCCUCGCCCUUCGAGGAGCCCAAGGGGCACGUGAGUCCGCAGGACAGUUCCAAGACCCUGCACGCUCUGCGCGAAAUGGUCAGCAACCUGGGGGUCGCCCCUGGCGAAGAGGAGGGCAAGGGCGCCCCGGGCCUGCAGGACGGCGGCCAGUUCCUGCAGCUGCUGCGUGAGAUGAACCAGGCGCUGCAGGCCCUGCGCGAGGAGAACCGGAGCCUGCAGGCGCUGCGCGAGGAGAACCGGCUGCUACAGGAGGAGAACCGCGCGCUGCACGCCCUGCGCGUGGAGCACCGCGCCUUCCAGGAGGAGAACAAGGCCCUGUGGGAGAACAACAAGCUCAAGCUGCAGCAGAAGCUGGUCAUCGACACGGUCACCGAGGUCACCGCGCGCAUGGAGAUGCUCAUUGAGGAGCUGUACGCCUUCAUGCCGCCCAAGAACAGGGAGCCCAAGAAGCCCAGCAGGGUCUGA